UAAACAUCCUGUGUUUACAUCAUAGUUUUAACUUUAAAUUGAAAAUAAUGUGUGUAGUUUUGUUCAGUCUACGUCCUAAAGGCAGCCUUAACGUUUUUGACCCUUCAAAGUUUUGCGUUACAAAUAUAGAUAUGGAAUCCAUGUUAGCUUUGGAAAGAGAAGCGCAGGAUCAUCAGCACGAUGUGGCAAAAAUCAUCGCGAGCGGAGCAUCCGACGUGGAAAAGUUCUAUGCUGGUUCCAACAUAUUUCUUACCGGCGGCACGGGUUUUAUCGGAAAACACAUAAUUGAGAAGCUUUUUAGAUGUUGUAAUGUGAAUAAAGUUUAUUUAUUAUUACGAUCAAAAAAGGGAAAAACUGUACAGCAACGAAUUGAUCAAAUUCUAAAAGACCCUGUUUUUGAAAGUUUACAAAAAUAUAAACCAGAUUUUGUGACGAACAUAAUACCAAUUGAGGGAGACAUUAGUGAAAAGGAGCUAGGUAUUGGAGCUGAUGAUCGGAAUAUCAUUACCGAGCAGGUAAACGUUAUAAUCCAUGCAGCUGCAAACGUAAAUUUUAACGAGAAUGUGAAGGCCGCAACGCUGAUCAACGUUCGAGGAAUCAGAGAGAUAGUUCGCCUAGCUAAAUGUUGUAAACAACUUAGGUCUAUAGUUCACGUAUCGACAGCAUACAGUCACGCCUCUAAGAGUCGAGUGAGACAAGCAGUGAAAGAACAAUUCUAUGACAGUCCUAUACCACCAAAUGCUAUUAUAGAGAUGGCCGAAACUAUUGAAAAAAACAAGUUAGAAAAUAUGAUGCAACAACUAUUAGAAGACUAUCCAAAUACAUACACAUUUAGUAAAGCAGUGGCGGAAGAAGUCAUAAGAACUGAAGCACGAGGCUUACCUAUUUGUAUUGUUCGACCAUCUAUCGUCAUAAGUUCAUACCGAGAACCGUUGCCAGGCUGGGUUGAUCCAUGGAAUUUAAACAGCCCCAGUGGCUUCGUUUUGGGAGCUUAUACAGGAAUAAUUCAUGUCGCAAGAAGCACUGGUGAUGUAGUCAUAAGUUUUGUUCCAGUUGACAUAGUCACAAAUACAAUAUUAGUGGCUGCUCAAGAGAACGCAAAACGACAGCCAGACUUAGACAAUACUAAAAUUUAUAACGUAACGAAUAAUAGAAAUCCAUUACUUUGGGGACAAUACAUUAAAAUCAAUAAUACAUCUGGGAGAAAUCUGAUAUCUUCACGGGCAAUAUGGUACUGUUUUUUUAUAGAAACACCUUAUAAACUUCUAAGUGUACUACUUUUUUGGCUUUUACAUUUUGUUCCUGCAUUUCUUGUGGACAUUGCGUGCAAAUUAAUAGGAAAACGUCCAAUACUGAUACAAACUUAUAAAAAGAUAUACAAGUUGACAUCAGCGUUAGAAUUUUUCAUGAACAAUGAAUGGAAAUUUCAAGACGAUAACACGCUCAAUCUUUACUUAAACCUGUCUAAUAUUGAUCGAGACAUUUUCAACUGUGAUAUGGCAACAAUUGACAAUAAAGAAAUGACACACCUUUGGGCGUAUGGUGUUCGGAAGUAUAUUAUAAAGGAUGUUAAUGUUAAAAAUGCUGAUCAAGUUGCAAGAAAGCAAUUUUUGUUGAAAAUAGUGACAUAUUUCAUAUUAGUUUUGUAUAUUUAUGUGUUCUAUAAGAUUAUAAUGACUGGCUACUCGAUAUUUACUAAAUUUGUAUAAGUUCGUUGUAUUUUGAUAAUUGAUAAUUAUUUGAACA